UGCAGGAAAAACAAAUAAAAAUGCCUUCAAGGCUCUCAUGGCUGCGGAAUAUAGAGGUGUGGCUGUGAAAUUGGUUGAAAACUUUGAGAUGGGUGUCACUUUGUCUACGGUGGUAAAUCGUGUCACUCUUCUCUCUCAAUUGGCCUUAACUUCUGGGAAGAAACUCCAAACUCCCCAACCGCUCUCCACACUGUCUUCACCUGAAAUAACCCAAACAAGAGAAAUCCCAAUAGCCAAAAUCAACGACAAAAAUGGAACCUCUCUUGAUCACCAUGAAUGCUACCAUCAUAUUCAAAAGCUUUCAGCUUUACUCCAAGAUGGCCAAACUGAAGCUGCCCAAACCCUCACAAAGUCUCUUCUCUGUUCAAAAUCACCACUUGAUCUCUUCAACCUCUUCUCUGUUACCUCACCUUCGUUGAAACUUGUUUUCUCAAAUAUUCUCUUUUCCUUGCUAGCUCAAUCCCAAAUGCACAGUGAAGCCAUGGAGUUAUAUAAGGUUAUAAGGAAGGAAGGUAUGCUACCUUCUAUAACUUCUCUGAACUUGUUGCUUGACUCUUUGGUGUCUUUAAAUAAGUUUGGUAAAGCCCUUGAUUUGUUUGAAGAAAUAAUAGGGUCUGGCUUUAGACCUAAUAAAUUCAUGUAUGGAAAAGCUAUUCAAGCUGCGGUGAAAUUGGGGGACUUGAAAAGGGCUUAUAAGUUUUUGGAUUGUAUGAAGAACAAAGGGGUGAAUCCAAGUUUGUUUAUCUAUAAUGUUCUGAUUAGUGGAUUUUGUAAAGAGAAGAGAAUUAGGGAUGCAGAGAAAGCUUUUAAUGAGAUUUCUGAGAGAAAAUUGGUGCCAAGUUUGGUUACAUAUAAUUCUCUUAUUGAUGGAUAUUGUAAGGUUGGGGAGUUAGAAAAGGCUUUUGAUUUAAAAGAGAGGAUGGUAAAGGAGAAUGUGGAGCCUAACAUUGUUACUUUCAACACAUUGGCUAGUGGCCUUUGUCAUGUCCGUAGAAUAGAUGAGGCAAAAAGGGUUUUGAAGGAAAUGGAAGCCCAAGGAUUUGCUGCUGAUGGGUAUACUUUUAGUAUUCUUUUUUCUGGGUUUUUGAAGAGUGGGAAUGUUGAAAGUGUAUUGGCUUUGUAUGAAGAAAUGAGUGAAAAAGGAGUUGGGAUCAAUAGAUAUACAUUAACCAAUUGGUUGAAUCAUUUGUGCAAGGAAGGGAGCUUUGAAAAAGCGGAAGAGGUUUUGCAGAAUGAAAUUGGGAAAGGGUUUGUGCCGAAUGAGGUAGUGUUUAAUACCAUUGUGAAUGGAUAUUGCCAAACUGGUGAUAUGAAUCGAGCCAUUUCUACAGUUGAGCGUAUGGAAAAGUUGGGCUUGAGGCCUGAUUGUGUUACAUUCAAUACUUUGAUAGACAAGUUCUUCGAAAUGAAAGAUAUGGAAAAUGCCGAAGAAUGGGUAAAAAAGAUGAGUGAAAAGGGUGUUUCACCCAACGUCCAGACAUACAACAUUCUAAUUAAUGGUUAUGGGAAAAUGAAUGAACUCCAUAGGUGUUUUGCAAUUAUAGAAGAAAUGGAAAAGGAUGGGAUUAAGCCAAAUAUUGUAAGUUAUGGUUCCCUCAUAAAUUGUUUAUGCAAGGAUGGCAUGCUUCUCGAAGCCAAAAUGACCUUCAGGGAUAUGAUAAGUAGAGGGGUGUUGCCUAACGUGCAGAUAUAUAACAUGUUCAUUGCUGGAAAUUGUGCUGCCGGGAAGUUGAAUGAUGCUUUCGAGUACUUUGAUGAAAUGGUGAAGGGCGAAACAAGACCGACAAUCGUAACAUUCAAUACACUCAUCAAUGGACUAUGCAAGAAGGGAAAGGUUACUGAAGCUGAAUCUUUGCUUCCCAAAAUCAUGAGUAAUGGGUGUAGUCCCGAUGUUAUUACCUACAACACCUUAUUAUCAGGGUAUUCUAAUGAAGGAAAUGUUCAUAAAUGUCUAGAAUUGUAUGAAAACAUGAAGAGUUUGGCCAUCAAGCCGACUUUGAAUACCUAUCAUCCUCUCAUUAGUGGAUGCAGUAAGGAAGGAAUUGAGCUUGCAGAGAGACUGUUUCGUGAAAUGAAAGAGAUGCACUUGACUCCUGAUCGACUUGUAUAUAAUGUGUUGAUUCACUUGUAUUCGGAGCACGGAGAUGUUAGGAAUGCAGCUUCCUUGCAUCACGAGAUGGUAGAUCGGGGAAUUUGUCCCGACAAAAUGACCUACAAUAGCUUGAUUAUGGGGCAGUUUAAAAAGGGAAACUUGUUAGAAAUAAGGGAUCUUGUUGGUGAUAUGAAGGCCAAGGGAUUGGUUCCUAAAGCUGAUACAUAUGAACUUCUGAUUAAGGGAUAUUGUGAACAUAAGGAUUUCAUUGGAGCAUACCUUUGGUAUCGAGAAAUGCUCGAGAAUGAUUUCCUUCCACGUAUCUCUACUUGUAAGGAACUUGUGACUGGCCUUAGAGGGAAAGGAAAGUUGCAAGAGGCUCAGAUUAUCUGCUCGGAAAUGAAGGCGAAAGGAAUGGAUAAUUGGAGAUCCGAUGAGGACCUAUCAGCUGCUGCCAACAUUUUAACCAGGGACUGAUACCAGAUACCACAAAAAGGAAAGUCACUGCAUUGAAGGAGCAGUGAACAAGGAGAACUGGAAAAGCUUAAAGCCUAAUAGUUCGCAUUCAAAGAAAGCUGAAGGUGUUUCAUAUGUAUAAUUAGUUUCUUCUGAGCUAUGAGCUUCAGUGGGUGGCUUUCAUAUGUAUAGUUGUAACAAGAAAUUACUCUACAGCAAUGUCAAUCUGAAGGGAGCCAUGUGCCUUUCUAACUCUGCUGCUUUUCCAGACAGCUUCGCUAUUGCAAAAGAAGGUGAACUUUACUAUCGGCACCAUUGACGAUAUUCAAAAGCUUCAUAUCCGCACAAUCCCACUCGGGGAGCACACGUCUCAUAUGCCAUCAAGAACAAUCUCGAACCUUUGCUAUAUGUAGUUUGAAGAACCAGUCUAGUGCCGAUGAAUCUGAAGUCCAUUUUGUUUUCCUGUUAGAUGAUACCCUCUUGAUUCUAAAACAUACACAAGACUUCAAAUUUGGGCCAUAAUUCAGUGAAGUUGAAA